CAGACCCAGACCAAGCCCACUUGGCAAAGGCAGAAAGAAAGCGUGUCAGUUAAAUGGUGGCAAAAGGCUUGGGACGCAUAAUUAUGGAAAUCAUCCAGGCCAGAGCCUGUUUUCUCCUUCGGACCACAUGUCCCUUCCACACAGGAAUAGCACAUGGAGUCCAGCUUUUGAGAAUAAGCAAAGUCCCCACUUUAGAAAGAAGAGGGGCCUUCAGCAAAUGCUAGUCUCUCGAGUGUGAGGUCUUGCCAUGGAAGAAGUGGCCUGAGUGAAGGGUGACCUGCAGGGGACCAGAACGGCUGGAUGGAGGGAAGAGGCAGAGCCAGGAGGGUGACCUGCAGGGGACCAGAACGGCUGGAUGGAGGGAAGAGGCAGGGGAUCUUUCUAGGGGGAGCCGCAGAAGGAGACAGCGUAUGAGAGGGAUUUGAGUAGAGGAGCAUGAACAAGUGGCUACUGAGAAGGAACAAGCCUUUCAACCAGCUGGGGGUGCCCAAAGAUGCUGCAGGAGUUUCAGGAGGGCGUCCGAUGUACAGACAUUCAUCUCAGCAGCCUGCCUCGGCGUGUAGGCUCAUGAGAUGCCAUCCUAACUGCGAGUUGCAUCCAUCCAGCUGCCCUGUGCCUCCACCCUGGAGCCCAGAGAGCCGCAACCCCAUUUCUUGAUUUUAUUGCAUUUAUUUAUUUUUACUCUUGUUUUUACACCAAAGCUGGCACGUCUGCUGGAAAUGCUGUGGGUGACAUCUACCAGACCUGGUUAGUGGCUGGGCUUCUCCCUUCUGACCACUCAGGAAAUGGACUUCUGGCAAACAUCUUUCAGGAGCCUAGAACCAAACAGGAUAGAUAGACCUUCAGGCAUCAGGAGACUUCACGCUAGGACAUAGGGCCAAGUUUUGGUCAAGACAGGCCACUUUUGGAUGGUAUCCAAAGUGAUUUGAUUAAAGAGGGACUAAAAAGACUUCUCAAUAGACAACCUCAUCUACAAGGACGUCUUCCUGUAGUAGACUAGGGUAUAUACCCAAAGUCAAGUUCUAGGGUCUGAUGUCUGUGACUGGCCAGCUGGGAGCAGAGCACAUGCGCGCAGUCCCUUUCUUCCCAGGUGCAUUUACUGGUGCUGAUUAUGGUGACUCUGUGCAUGUGGGAGACCAACAGUCUGUGAAGGAAAAGACGAGAGGUUUUGCAAGAGCCUACCUGGUUUCAGGAAUCAGACACCAGACUCUCAGGGGAGGAACUGACUAGGAGAGGGAGAGGAGUGGGUUUCUGGAUUUGCAGCUAGAUUAAGUGGGAAGCACUGAAGAGCACCCAGGGUCCAGCAAAUCACAGGUGAGCUGGUCGCCCAAGCUUUCCCCCAGGCAGGUGGCAGCCUGCAGGGCCCUCCUCCCCACGCUCUGCAGGGCUGGGCAGGCAGAUGGCAUUCUGUUACGUUGGCACCUUGGGAGAAACUUCAGGUUUCAGGCUGAGCUCCCAAGAGCUUCACAUCCGGGAUGUGUGGAACUUGGGGUGCCAGGUGGCAGGUCAUACCUGCUCACUGGGAGGGGCAGCCUUACUUUUUAUUCCCUAGACGGCUGAGGGCUCAACAGUUUGCCCCUUGCGUGGAGGCUGGUGAUUAGUUCCUAAUUUCCCUGUGGACCACCCAGAUGCUACAAGGCUGGCUUCUGCAGGUGCAGAGGGUUCUUCUGAGCAACGAGGAGCCAGCUGGAAGAUUGGGCUCUGGGAGUCCUGCAGCGGAGGGGACAUGUAUGGAUUUAUCAACAUCUGUCUGCAGUCUCUCGUGACAGAGAAAUUCGGUGAAGAGACAUGGGAACAAUUAAAUUUCUGGCCGGGCCGGGUUUGAAUCCACCACCUCCGGCAUAUGUGGCUGGCACCUUACUCCUUUGAGCCACAGGCGCCACCCAGAGCUGCCACGGAUCUGCAAGAUGCCUUCAUGACUUACACCGUGUACGAUGACGCUGUCACCAUUAAGCUCAUCCGCGAGGCCUGCAAAGUUCUGGGUGUCUCCAUGGAAGCAAUUCUGAAACUCUUUGGGGAAUACUUCUUUAAGUUCUGCAAGCUGUCUGGCUAUGACAGGAUGCUGCGGACCCUGGGAGGAAAUCUCACAGAGUUUAUUGAAAACCUGGAUGCCCUCCACAGUUACCUGGCGCUGUCUUAUCAGGAGAUGAACGCGCCAUCGUUUCGAGUGGAGAGAACUGCGGAUGGGAAAACCUUGCUCCAUUACUACUCGGAUAGAAGUGGGCUGUGCCACAUUGUACCAGGUAUCAUCGAGGCUGUGGCCAAAGAUUUCUUUGCCCUUGAUGUGACUAUGGAGAUUCUUGACAGGAGUGAGGAAGUGGAGAGGACAGGGAAGAAGGAACAUGUUGUAUUUCUGAUUGUGCAGGAGGCUUGCAGGAAGACGAGAAAGGCAGCUCCAGACAGGCCUCGAAGCAGCCAGGAUGCCCAGGGAGAGCCCCAGGCCCGCCAGGCAGCAUUCCUUAGGAUGAAGGAGAAAUAUUCAAUCCUCUCUGCCUGUCCUAUGAGGAAAACCCACUGGGAUGUUGUGAGAAGCGCAGUCAUGUUUGGAAAAGGGCAUCUUGUGAACACCUUCGAGCCGGUCUAUCCCGAGCGGCUGUGGAUCGGAGAGGAGACAUUCUGCCGGGCUUUCCCUUUCCACGUGGUGUUUGAUGAAUCACUGAGGGUCAAGCAAGCUGGGGUGAAGAUUCAGAGGUUUGUGCCAGGACUCCAGACCCAGAAGGCUCAAUUAGAUGAGUAUUUCUCCCUCAUUCAUCCUCAAGUUACCUUCAACAUUUUCAGCAUCUGCAAAUUUAUCAACUGUCAGUUUGUCCUGAGGACACGACGGGGAAUGCUGCCUGAAGGAUGGAAAAGUCGGCCCAUGCUCGAACUCCGAGGCCAGAUGAUCCGGAUGGAGUCCACGCGCUGCUUCCUGUACCUGUGCUCACCCAAACUCCGCAGCCUGCAGGAGCUGGAGGAGCAUGGGAUGCACCUCUCCGACAUCGCCCCCCACGACGCCACCCGAGACCUCAUCCUCCUGAACCAGCAGCGGCUGGCGGAGAUGGAGCUGUCCUGCCAGCUGGAGAGGAAGAAGCAGGAGCUGCAGGUCCUCUCCCGGCACCUGGCCAUCGAGAAGAAGAAGACAGAGACCCUGCUGUAUGCUAUGCUGCCUGAGCACGUGGCCAACCAGCUGAAGGAAGGCAAGAAGGUCGCCGCAGGAGAAUUUGAAACCUGCACAAUCCUUUUCAGUGACGUGGUGACAUUUACUAACAUCUGUGCUGCCUGUGAGCCUAUCCAGAUAGUGCGUAUGCUGAACUCCAUGUACUCCAAGUUUGACAGACUAACUGGCGUCCACGAGGUCUACAAAGUAGAAACGAUAGGAGAUGCUUACAUGGUUGUCGGGGGUGUCCCAGUGCCUUCUGGGAGCCAUGCUCAACGAGUGGCUAACUUUGCCUUGGGGAUGAGGAUUUCUGCAAAAGAAGUGAUGAAUCCUGUGACUGGAGAACCCAUCCAGAUCAGAGUGGGGAUACACACUGGCCCGGUCUUAGCAGGAGUUGUGGGGGACAAGAUGCCUCGGUACUGCUUGUUUGGUGACACCGUGAACACAGCCUCCAGAAUGGAAAGUCAUGGGCUUCCCGACAAAGUGCAUCUCAGCCCAACAGCCUACAGAGCCCUGGAAAAUCAAGGGUUUGAAAUCAUUGAGAGGGGUGAAAUUGAAGUGAAAGGAAAAGGGAAAAUGACCACGUACUUUCUGAUUCAGAACCUGAACGCCACAGAGGAGGAGAUCAUGGGCUGCCCUGCAACUCAGCCUGGUCACCAAGAAGCAGAAGCUGAGGGAAAUCAUGACAGGACAUGUGUUGUGAGGAAUGCUGAUGGUUGGCAGCUGCUCUCUGAGGAGGACACCACAGGUGCUUCCAAGGAAUCCACCCCAGUGGGAAGUCCGGGGGCAGGGCAGGAGCCCGUGGAGUCAGCUGGCCGAGGACAGCCUUCAGUCCAGACAGAGACGCGCCGCUUUCCGAAUGACCCUGUGCAGUCAGGUUUCUGUGUUCUGUUUUAACAGGAGAAAAUGACCCCCUGGGGCUUAAUUUUUUUCCCCCUACUUAGGUCUAUGACAGCAAAGAAAGUAACUUCUUUUCAUCUCUCAGGUCAAAACUUAUUCAGCUGUGUCUCUGCCCCAUUGUUCCUUUGAGAAUAAAAGUCUAGAA